AUGAAGUUCGACACCAGCAUUCUUCUUGCCUCUUUGGCCGCUUCCGCCGCUGCUGCUCCGACUGCUAGGCCCAACAAUGUUGCUAUUGAGAAGCGCUUUCCUGACGGAACUGCCGCCCAGCAACUCCCCGCACACUUCAUUUCCACAGUCCGCCGGCUCACAGGCGAGAAGAUUAAGACCAAGCGUCAGCUCGAUGGUCUCCUCGGUAGCCUGGGUGGCGGCGGCCUUGGUGAUCUCCUUGGAGGGCUGACUGGCGGCGGCGGCAACAAUAACAAUAACAACAACGCUCAGGCGGAUUCUGGUAAUGCCCAGGAGGACCAGAAGGAGUCUGGCAAUAACCAAAAUGCCGCUGGCGGUGCUGGUGCCGAGAAAGGUGCAGCUAACAACGGUACUGAGGCUGCUGGAGCUGGAAAUGCCGCUGCCAGCAACGGUCAGGCUCAGCUUGAGGGCGAGGAGGAGCAGGGUCAGGGAAAUGCCGCCCAGGAAAAUGACGCUGAGGAAAAUGAUAUUCAGAUUAAUGGUUUCGGCGGAAAUGAUGCACAAGCUGCUGGACAGCAAGAUGCUGGUGCGGCUGCUGCACAGCAGGGACAGGCUGGUACUGCUAACACGGCUUCUGCCCAGAAGGGAGCAGGAAAUGCGGAUGCUGCUGCUGCUCAGCAGGGUCAAGCACAGGCUGGUAAUGCUAAUGGAGCCUAUGGUCAACAAAACCAGGCAGCUAAUGCUGGAAAUGCCAAUGCUGCCGCUGCUGAGCAAGUCCAAGGUCAAGCUGGCGGUGCUAACAACGCUGCUGCUGCCCAGCAAGGACAGGCAGCUAACGCUGGAAAUGCUAACGCUGAUAACGCCAAUGCCGGAAAUGCCAACGCUGGAAACGCAAAUGCUGGAAAUGCUAACGCUAAUAACGCCAACGCGGCUUCUGCUCAGCAAGCCCAAGGCCAAGCUGGUGGUGCUAACAACGCUGCCGGUGCCCAGCCAUGUCCUGGCGCUGCUGGCGCUGCUGCUGGCACUGGUAACGCUGGUAAUGCCAGUGUAGCAGACGCUCAACAAGCCCAGUCUGGCAACGCUGCCAAUUCUGGUACCGCAUCUGCCCAGCAGGCUCAAGGUCAGAACCAAGCCGGUUCCGCUCAAGCCUCUGGCAACGCUGCCAACCAGGGCGCCACGGCAGCUGGUAAGGCUGAUUCUGCGCUUGCGGACUCACAGGAGGAGGACUAA